UUUCACCCCGCUAUGGUUGGGCUGCCUCUGCAGUGCGUGCUCUGGGGCUGCUUGCUGACUGCGGUCCACGCAGAACCAUCUACAGCAUGCAGAGAAAAUCAGUACCUAGUAAACAGUCAGUGCUGUGAUUUGUGCCAGCCAGGAAAGAAGAUGGUGAAUGACUGCACUGAGCACCCCAAGACACAAUGUGUUCCUUGCAGAAAAGGCGAAUUCUUGAACACCUGGAAUAGAGAGACACGCUGUCACCAGCACAAAUACUGCGAUCCCAACCUAGGGCUCCGGGUCCUGAUGGAGGGCACCUUAGAGACAGAUACCACCUGCACCUGUGAGGAAGGCCAACACUGUACCAGCCAUGCUUGUGAGAGCUGUGCCCUACACACCGAAUGCAGUCCUGGCUCAGGAGUCAAGCAGAUGGCUACAGGGACUUCUGAUACCAUCUGUGAACCCUGCCCUGUCGGCUUCUUCUCCAAUGUGUCAUCUGCUUUUGAAAAGUGUCGCCCUUGGACGAGCUGUGAGGCCAAAGACCUGGUGGUACUUCAGGAAGGAACCAAGCUCACUGAUGCUGUCUGUGGUUUCCAGACUCGGACGAGAGCCCUGGUGGUGAUUCCCAUCGUGACAGGGAUCCUACUUGUCAUCUUCUUGGUGUCUGUCUUUAUCAGAAAAGUGAUCAAGAAGCCAAAAGAUAAGGUCCUCCAUCCCGAGGCUGUACGGCAAGAUCCUGUGGAGAUGGAGGAUAUUCUUGGCCACAACCCUGCUGCUCCAGUGCAGGAGACCUUACAUGGGUGCCAGCCCGUCACCCAGGAGGAUGGCAAAGAGAGCCGAAUUGCAGUGCAAGAGAGACAGUGAGGCCUUGCUUGGGACAUGGCAGCAUGGACACCUGGCUGGAGAGACUGAAGCUACUGCUGCAGUGGUGACAGCAGGAGGGUGAGGGACUGGAACUGAUGGGGCCCAGCCCCCUAGGCCUGCACUGGUGAGGUUUGAGAGCACAGACACAGAGCUCAGUUCAUCUUUGAGAACUUUCACACCUGUCCUGGAGCCAUCCAAUCUCCCCACCUGCUUUUAAAGAUGAAGAAAGGACUUUGAUGUGUGUGGGUGGGUGCACAGUAAUGCUCACCAAACCGCCCAGCCCAACCUAGCAGUUGAAUCCCAAAGACAUAUUACGGGAUUUCCAUAUGUCCAGGACACCACUGUUUUUGGUGCCGAAGGCACUAACUGUAUAUCGUCAGGGGAC